AUGUUCCCGGACGACGAAAAGUCCAAGACCUCGAAGGACUCCCUGGUGGCGGUGGUGCGAUGGCUGAAGUCACGCUCACCGCGCGAGAAGACGAUCCUAUCCGUGGCCACCGGGAUCUUGGCUCUGUUCAUCCUCUGGAUAGUGAUCGAGGACCACGACUUCCUGUUCGUGCUGGCCGAAACCUGCCAUUUCGUCGGGAUCGCGCUGCUGGUGUACAAGCUGUUCAUUAACAAGACCUGCGUCGGGAUAUCGCUGAGAUCGCAGGAGCUCACAUUCCUGUUCUUGGCCGCCCGGCUGUACUGCAGCUUCAUGAUGGAGUACGACAUCCAUACGGUGCUGGACGCCCUGACGCUGGUGGCCACAGGCUGGGUCAUGUACACGAUGAUGUUCCAGCUGAAGCACACCUACCAGGUUGAGUUGGACACCCUGAUGACGGCCUACGUGGCCGGACCUGCCGUGUUGCUUGCUAUAAUCAUUCAUCCCUCGACAACUCACAUUUGGAUCCACAAGGUGCUGUGGGCAUCCUGCGUCUACAUUGAGGCUGUUUCAGUGCUCCCACAGCUGCGACUCAUGCAAAAGAACAAGGUUGUUGAGCGCUUCACUGGGCACUAUGUGUUCUGCUUGGGGCUGUCUCGUUUCUUCAGCUGUGCACAUUGGAUACUUCAGAUCAUGGAUGGAAACAGUCUCUUAAUGCACAUCUGGGGCUAUGGCCCCUGGCCACUCCUCGUCCUCCUGUCGGAAGUGGUGCAGACGUUCAUUUUGGCCGACUUCUGCUACUACUACGUGAAAUCCUACGCUCAGGGAUCAGGAGUGGUGCGCCUUCCGGAGAACGUCGUCUGA